AUGAAGCCUGCGCUACUCAACGCAAGCCUCUUGGCCGGCAGCACCGCUCUCACUCUGCGGCCGGCGCUGCAAUCCCUCAUCCGCCCUUGCAUUGGCGCCCGAUUCGCCUCCGUUCGCCGCGAAACCUCCCGCCCCUCGCGCAUGGUCCUGUCCGACAACGUCCAUCGAUCGCCCCCUUCCGCCAACGAUGCCAGACGCAAGCGCCAUGCCCCAGGUCCCUUUGGGGCCAUGAACAAGCGUGUCGCCAACAUUGACCCUCGACGGCAGCCCCGCGCUCCGGCCUCUGCCGACAAACGCAGCGACGCGACCCGCAAGCACGGCGAUGACCGCAAGGCCCUCAAGAUGCACCGCGCCCUUGCCUCCAUCUCGUACGGCCGCCGUACGAGCAUGAAGGGUCGCAUGGCCGAGUACGAGUCCUUCUCGCAGUUUGACUUGCUGCCCUCGGUCCAGACCGCCAUUGACGAAGAGCUCUUCAAGGGCAUGACCGACAUCCGCCCCACGCCCGUCCAGCGCCUGGCAAUUCCCGCGCUCCUCGGCCAGUCCGCCACCGGCUUCACCGAGAAGACGCAGGCAAAGGCCCCGACGAGCAUAGCGCCAGGCAAGGUGCCGUCGUUUCUGCUCGCCGCCGAAACCGGGUCCGGCAAGACCCUCGCUUACCUGCUGCCCGCCAUCAACGCCCUCAAGCAGGCCGAAGCUAUUGACCCGGAUAUUGCAGCCUACAACGAACGCUUUGCCGCCGAGAAGAAGCGUCAGGAGGAGUUGCAUGGAAAGGGGAAACCGUUUGACGAGCCGCAUCCCACCAUGGCCCGGCCCAAGGUCGUCGUCUUAGUCCCUACAGCGGAACUUUGUCAGCAGGUCAUGCGCGUGUCCAAGUCCGUCUCCCACGCCGUCAAGUUCAAGACAGAGAUGCUCUCCUCGGAUCUCAAGCCCCAGCAGAUUCAGCGCAACGUGUACUCCCCCAGAGGCCUCGACGUCGUCGUCGCCACGCCGCACUUGCUCGCCGCCAUGGCCGACUCCGACCCCAACAUCCUCUCCCGCGUCUCCCACCUCAUCAUCGACGAGGCCGACUCCCUCUUCGACCGGAGCUUCGCCCCCGUCACCAUGAGCAUCGUCGAGCGCGCCACUCCGUCCCUCAAGCAACUGAUCUGCUGCUCCGCCACCAUCCCCAGGAAGCUCAACAACUACCUCGCCGUCAACUACCCCGACAUGAAGCGCAUCGUCACACCCAACCUGCACGCCAUCCCCCGUCGCGUACAGCUCGGCGUCAUCGACGUAUCCCGCGAUCCGUACAGGAACAACAAGGACCUCGCCUGCGCCGAAGCCAUCUUCAGCAUCGGUCGCGAGUCCGCCCAACAUGAGGGUCCCGCCAAGGACGAGGUUGACGUGCGCCGCAUCAUGGUCUUUGUCAACGAGCGCGAAAAGACAGAGGAACUGGCUGAUUACCUCCGCUCUAAGGGCAUUGACGCCCAGGCCCUGCACCGCGACACGCCGGAGAAGCGACACGGCGAGAUUCUUGAGGUGUUCACCAAGGCCGACCCUCUCCGCGUCGCCCGGCCGGAUCGCCAGGUUGCUCGUGGUUGGCUCUCAAGCAUCAAAGUCUUGGUCGUCACGGAUUUGGCUUCUCGAGGCAUCGACACUGUUGCUGUGCGUCACGUCAUCCUCUAUGAUGUGCCGCAUACUACAAUUGACUUUAUCCACCGUCUAGGCCGCGCUGGGCGCAUGGGGCGCCGCGGGCGCGGCAUUGUCCUCGUGGGCAACGAUGAUCGUCGCGAUAUCGUCGCUGAUGUAAAAAAGAGCAUGUUUAUGGGCCAGGCUUUAAUAUAA